AUGAAUACAUUAUUCACUUUUUUUUGUGACUACCGAAGAUUUGGUACUAACUGUUCAACUGUAUGCAACUGUCGUGAUAAUACAAGUUGUAAUGCUAUAACUGGACAUUGUGAGACUGGUUUAUGCGAUCCAGGCUGGCUUGGCCUCAGCUGUGACAAAGUUUGUGACUACAGACGAUUUGGUAUUAACUGUUCAACUGUAUGUAACUGUCGUGAUAAUACAAGUUGUAAUGCUAUAACUGGACAUUGUGAGACAGGUUUAUGCGAUCCAGGCUGGCUUGGCCUCAGCUGUGACAAAGUUUGUGACUACCGAAGAUUUGGUAUAAAUUGUUCAACUGUAUGUAACUGUCGUGAUAAUACAAGUUGUAGUGCUAUAACUGGACAUUGUAAGACUGGUUUAUGCGAUCCAGGCUGGCUUGGCCUCAGCUGUGACAAAGUUUGUGACUACAGACGAUUUGGUAUUAACUGUUCAACUGUAUGUAACUGUCGUGAUAAUACAAGUUGUAAUGCUAUAACUGGACAUUGUGAGACAGGUUUAUGCGAUCCAGGCUGGCAUGGCCCAAGCUGUGACAAAGCAUGCAAUUUCCCUCAUUUUGGAGUUAAUUGUAAUGAUACUUGUCACUGUAUUAACAACUCGAGAUGUUAUCAUAUUAAUGGAAGCUGUGUCCUUAGUUUAUGUGAAUCGGGCUGGCAGGGAGACAGCUGUAACGAUGAUCUUAAUAUCCUUCGCAGUACAACAUCUGCAACAACACGCCAGUCAAAUCAAUACACAACAUGUAGCGCCGACCGUGCAAUUGACGGGACAGAUUCACCAGUUAAUUCAUAUAAUGAUAAGGAUCUAUGUGCAACAUGCAGCGUAGCACAAAACGGAGGCGAUUCUACGUUUUCCUGGUGGCAAUUGGACUUGGUUACACAGAACCACAAACACGGAAUCCAACUUGGAACCGAGCAAAAGAAAAAUAAGGACAGUGUGUUGCUAUUGCUAACGAAGAAAUCAAGGAAAACUCAGGAAACUCAAGAAAACACUAAAGACUGUGUUAAUAUUAUAAUAAACCGGACAAGAACAGGAAAGAAAGGAGAAAAGGAGGGUGGGGUAUAA